AAGAUAUCCUGUGUCAGCUACCAGGUGCUGGAUUACAAAUUCUACACAACCAAAAUGGUGUGGGAAUUAUGGGUGAAGUGUUUGGAUCUCUGCACUGCAUGAAGGAUGUGUUUUGACUGUGUUCCUGCUGAGGAUGCUCCAAAUGGAAUGUUCUCCAUAUGCUGCACACCUCUAUGACGCAGAAAACCCUCGGACACCUCUAAGAAGCCUCCCAGGGCUCUGCUUUGACUACUGCUCCAAGUUUCAUUCCAACUGCCGCUCUGCCAUCCGCCUGCUGACGCGCGACAAGCACAUCCAAGAAUGCUGCGAGACAAACAGAACACGCUUCUGCAGCCUCCUCCAGCUGCACGACGAGGACUACUGCUUCCCCAACGUGCUGAGGAACACGGCCCUCAACUACAACCUGGGCUCCGUGGUGGAGGACCAGGGAGGCUGUAUCCAGCUCUGCCUGAGGGAGGUUGCCAACGGCCUGCGGAACCCGGUGCUCAUGGUGCAUCCCAACGACCGCUCCCACCGCCUGUUCGUGGCCGAGCAGGUGGGCGUCGUCUGGGUCUACCUGCCCGAUGGCAGCCGGCUGGAGGAGCCCUUUCUGGAUAUUAAAAGGAUAGUGCUGGCUACGCCAUGGCUAGGGGAUGAGAGGGGCUUUCUGGGGAUGGCUUUUCACCCCAAGUACAAGUACAAUGGGAAGUUUUAUAUCUAUUACUCAUACAUGGAUAAGAACCGAGUGGAAAAGAUCAGGAUCAGUGAAUUGAAGGUUUUGGCGUCCGAUGCCAACAAAGCUGAUCCACGCUCUGAAAGGAAUCUUUUGGAGCUUGACGAACCAGCUGCAAAUCAUAACGGUGGGCAGCUGCUCUUUGGUGUGGAUGGCUAUAUGUAUCUAUUCACAGGGGAUGGAGGGAAAGCUGGAGACCCUUUUGGAAAAUUUGGAAAUGCUCAGAACAAGAGUACUUUGUUGGGGAAAGUUUUGAGGAUCGAUGUGGAUGGAAAAAGUCCUGAUGGCAAGCCUUACCGCAUCCCUCCUGACAACCCAUUUGUGUCUGAUCCCAAGGCCCGCCCUGAGGUUUAUGCUUAUGGGGUCAGGAACAUGUGGCGCUGUGCAGUUGACAGAGGAGACCCUGUCACAAAAAAGGGAAGAGGGAGGAUAUUCUGUGGGGAUGUCGGGCAGAACCGGUUUGAAGAAAUUGACCUGAUUGUUAAAGGAGGGAACUACGGCUGGAGAGCAAAGGAGGGAUUUGAAUGCUACGACACAAAGCUUUGCCACAAUUCCUCUUUGGAUGACAUUCUCCCAAUAUUCGCAUAUGGCCGCAGUGUGGGGAAGUCAGUUACUGGAGGUUAUGUCUACAGAGGAUGCGAAUCGCCCAACUUGAAUGGCCUUUAUAUUUUUGGUGAUUUCAUGAACGGUCGACUUAUGGCUUUACAGGAAGAUGAGAAGACAAAUAAGUGGAAGAAGCAGGAUAUCUGCAUUGGCAGCACAACAGCUUGUGCUUUCCCUGGGAUGAUCAGUUCUUACAGCAAAUUCAUCAUCUCAUUUGCUGAGGAUGAAGCAGGUGAGCUGUAUUUUAUGUCUACUUCUUAUCCCAGUGCCUAUGCACCACAUGGAUCGCUCUACAAGCUUAUUGAUCCUGCAAGGAGAGCUCCACCUGGGAAGUGUAAAUACAAGCCUGUUCCAGUGAAAACAAAGAGUAAGCAGAUACCGUUUGUUCCACGUGCAAGUAAGUUGUCAGGCUUUGAUUUUACUGAGAAGCAAAACAUACAGCCAUCUUUCCAGGAUGUGACUGGCAUCUUUAGCAGUCUUAAAAACUAAAGCACUGAGCAGGACCAAUCUUGAAGUUUGGCUAUCACAUUUAACCUGUGCUUCUGCCAUCUACGAGAUGCCAUGCUUUUUCUUAAUCCCAGUCUCUGUUUUCUUUUCUCCUGAGUGUUGCCAAAUAGUAAUGUACAUGGGCAUCACAAGGGAACUGAUGGCUUUGAGUCAGGUGUUAGAUUAGGUCUGGGAAGUUCUGAGAGCUUAUGCCUGACUCUGUGACAACCUCCUUGAAUCAAAUAAUCCCCUCUCUGUACCUCUAGGGGAGUCAAUCUUCCUUCCUUCUGGCCAUCAUCUGUCUUAAAGUCUCAUGCAACUAGGGCAGGAGUUCCAUCUUGAGUAGAAAUGGUGUUUAGCAAGUUGAGGUUAUCUCGUCUGGGAUUUCCAGAUAUUAGUGUAAUAUGAAAAAUUUGUAUCAUUAAGUCUGCCAAAAAAGGGUGCAAGGUUUCAUCAUACUCUGCCUGGAAGUAACUUUCCUUAAAUAUACAUUCAUAAUUUCUAAAAUUAAACAUUUUAUUUCCAAGAAAACCAAGGGUCUUUUGAUGGAAGAAGAGAGCUUUAUAGUGUGCAUUUCUUCUUUCAGAAUGUCAGCUAUUUUUCUUAACUGUAGC